AUGGCUAUUUCUAUUACUGAUAAACGUCGUGUGGCUCUUGCUUAUGACGGUAGCGAAGAUGCUCAUAAACUAUUUGAUUGGACCAUCCAAAACGUCAUUCGACCUGAAAGUGAUCAUUUAAUACUGCUAUCCGCUGUACAGAGAACAAAUAAACCUCACGCUGCCAAAAGAAGUCCUAGUCCAGAUUUGCCUAUGCUCUCAACUACGAUUACCAAGGUAGAUGAAGCCAUCAAGGAGACAGAGCAUCAACCUACAGCACGAGAACGUCUUGAACAAAUGUCGUCUCAGUUACGAAAACAGAAUAUCUCGAGUGAAGAGCAUAUCCUCUGGGGUGAUCCAAAGGUUCUUCUCCCCCGAUAUACUCAAGCUCACAAGGUGGAUCUCUUGGUUGUAGGCUCUCGUGGUUUGGGUGUUGUGAAAAGUGUCAUUUUAGGCUCUGUAUCUGAUGCAUGUCUGAAAGAGUGUCCCUGUCCUGUUCUUGUCGUACGUCAUGCUACCAUUUAA